AUGCUUCUCCCACGCGAUAUGCCGCCGGCCCUCCCAAGCAAUGUGCCGGCGGACAUUGCGCAUGCCUUCGAGGUGGGCAACGUCCCGGAAGGAAUCACUCCCGAAUUUUUGAUGGAGUCUCGCGAUGGCCCGACCAAGGCUGCCAUAUACUUCUUGUUCUUCUUGACCAUGGCUUUCAUGCUGGGCCGGUGUUACUCGCGAAUAUUUGUCGUGCGGAAGUUUGGUUUGGACGACUGGCUGGCGUGUGUUACUUUUAUUGUUUACAUCCCCGUUCUCGCCUUUUGCAUUAUCAGUAUAGACAAUGGCAGCGGCAGGCGCAGCGCCUACGUCCACUACGUCAUGUCGCUCGAUAACGACCGAGCCAAUCGAGCCGAGUUGGAUGACCUCAUCUUGCAUUUUCUGUAUACCAUCGCCCUGUUCACCUGCCGCCUCUCCGGUCUCGCAUUCUAUACCCGUUUGUCUCAAGCCCACGACCAUCUUUUUCGGGCCAUCAAAAUCUGCGCCGGCCUUUUUUUGGCCGUUUUUAUCGUGCAGUUUUGCCUCCUACUAUUUCACUGCCUGCCCGUCACCGGCAUAUGGCCAUAUUCCUGGCAGCCUGACUACCACAAGUACCGUUGUAUUACCUGGGGCGCCGUCUAUAUUACGAAUUCGGCCUUGUCUUUUCUUUGCGACGUGAUCAUGUUCGUCAUUCCGUCGAUGCUGAUCCACCUCUUACAUGUUCCCUUGAAACGGAAGUUGGGACUGGCAAUGGUCAUGUUCCCUGGUGUUUUAGUCCUCAUUAUAUCUAUUAUCCGUAUUUGGCUCGUCUGCCUAGGUCAGUGGUCGACUGACAACACUUGGCUGUACGAUCCGCAACUCGCCAUCGAAAUGGCCGAAAUCGGCUCCACCCUAAUUGCUCUUUCUAUACCCGCCUUGAAACCGUUGUUUGGCUUCUAUGUCAUGACCAAAAUCCGUUCGUCCAGUAGUGACAACCGGCAUGAUCGGCAUGACCGACAUGAUCGUCGUGCAACAUUUUCGAACCCGCCAAUUCGGCUGUCAUGA